GAUGAUACUGAGUUCCACUUAAAUUUGCUAAGAUUAAAGAAAGACAUCGCAGUCCUUUUCUGAUGAUAACAGAGAUAAACGUUUGUGGAAAUAUUGCAGUUCAUGGAAAGGCUUUGAUCAACUCAGGAAGAAAGAUAAAGAUUUUAAAAAAUAUACAGAUAUUGUUGUGGGGAAUAAAAGAAUUAUAGAAGUAUGGAUUUGCCUGAAGAAUUGUCAAAAGAGACAGGGGAAUCCUCCUACCACUGUGAUAUCUGUAAAAAGUCAUUCUCUCUGAAAAGUAAGCUUACUACUCAUAAAUGUAUUAAUACAAGUAAGAUACCAGAGAAACGGUAUCAUUGUGAUAUCUGUGGUAAAUCAUUCAAUGUAAAAAUUUACUUAACUGAACAUAGAUAUCUACAUACAGGAGAGAAACCACACAACUGUGAUAUCUGCGGUAAAUCAUUUGCUCGAAUACGUACGUUAAUUACUCACAAACAUCUCCAUACAGGAGAGAAACGACAUAACUGUGAUAUCUGCGGUAAAUCAUUCUCUCGAAUACACACUUUAAUUACUCACAAAUACUUCCAUACUGGAAAAAAACCAUUUGAAUGUGAUAUCUGUGGUAAAUCAUUUUCUCUAAGAGGUCACUUAGUUGGUCACAUACGUACCCAUACAGGCGAAAAACCAUAUCACUGUGACAUCUGUGGUAAAUCAUUCUCUCAGACUAAUGGCUUAACUAGCCACGUACGUACUCAUACAGGAGAGAAACCAUAUCAGUGUAAUAUUUGUGGUGAAUCAUUCUCUGAAAAAGGUAAUUUAACUAAACACAAAUACAUUCAUACAGGAGAGAAGUCAUAUCACUGUGAUAUCUGUGGUAAGUCAUUCUUUCAAAAAGUUCAUUUAAAUUCUCACAGACGUACUCAUACUGGAGAAAAGCCUUAUCACUGUGAUGUCUGCGGUAAGUCAUUCACUGAUAGAAAUUCCUUAAAUAUACACAAACACAUUCAUACAGGAGAGAAACCUUAUCAGUGUGACAUCUGCAGCAAAUCGUUCAGAUAUGGAAGUACAUUAACAGUUCAUAAACGUGUUCAUACAGGGGAAAAACCAUAUCAAUGUGAUGUCUGUGCUAAAUCAUUCUCUCAUGCAAGUGCAUUAACGCUACACAAGAGACAGGUACAUACAGGAGAGAAACCAUAUCACUGCGAUAUCUGUGGUAAAUCAUUCAUUGAUAGAAGUGGAUUAACUGUUCACAAGCGUAUUCAUACAGGAGAAAAACCAUAUCAGUGUGAUAUUUGUGCUAAGUCAUUCAGUGUUGCUAGUGGAUUAACUAAACACAAACGUAUUCAUACAGGGGAAAGGCCAUAUCAUUGUAGUAUCUGUGGCAAAUCAUUCUAUCAAAAUUCUGGCUUAAUUAGACACAUGCGCAUUCAUACAGGUGAUAAGCCAUAUCAUUGUAAUAUCUGUGGUAAAUCAUUCUCUCAAAAAUGUCAGUUAACUAAACAUAAAUUAACUCAUACAAGAGAGAAGUUAUAUCCCUGUGAUAUCUGUGGUAAAUCAUUCACUACUAGAAAUUCAUUAACUGUUCAUAAAUGUAUUCACACAAGAGAAAAGCCAUACCAAUGUGAUAUCUGUGAUAAAUCAUACACUAGUAGAAAUGCAUUACCUGUUCAUAAAUGUAUUCACACAGGGGAAAAACCAUACCAAUGUGAUAUCUGUGAUAAAUCAUACACUAGUAGAAAUGCAUUAACUGUUCACAAACGUAUUCACACAGGAGAGAAACCAUUCCAUUGCGAUGUCUGUGGGAAAUCGUUCUCUAGCAGUCAGGCUCUAAAAAAGCAUACGCGUCUUCAUACUGGUGAGAAACCAUAUCACUGCGAGAUCUGUGGUAAAUCAUUCACUCAAACAUGCCAAUUAACAUUGCACAAAAGACGCAUGCAUACGGGAGAGAAACCCUAUCCCUGCGAUAUCUGUGGUAAGUCAUUCACUGUUAGAAGUGCAGUAACUGCUCACAAACGUAUUCAUACAGGGGAAAGGCCAUAUGACUGUGAUAUCUGUGGUAAAUCAUUCAUUGCUAGAAGUGGAUUAACUGUUCACAAGCAUAUUCAUACAGGAGAAAAACCAUAUCAGUGUGAUAUUUGUGUUAAGUCAUUCAGUGUUGCUAGUAAAUUAACUAAACACAAACGUACUCACACAGGAGAGAAACCAUAUCCCUGUGAUAUCUGUGGUAAAUCAUUCAGUGUUGCUAGUGGAUUAACUAAUCACAAACGUAUUCAUACAGGGGAAAGGCCAUAUCAUUGUAGUGUCUGUGGCCAAUCCUUCUCUCAAAAUUCUGGCUUAAUUAGACACAUGCACUUUCAUAUGGGUGAUAUGCCAUAUCACUGUAAUAUCUGUGGUAAAUCAUUCCCUGAAAUAGGUAAUUUAACUAAACAUAAAUUCACUCAUACUAGAGAGAAGCCAUACCGAUGUGAUAUCUGUGGUAAAUCAUACACUAGUAGAAAUACAUUAACUGUUCAUAAAUGUAUUCUCACAGGGGAAAAACCAUACCAAUGUGAUAUCUGCGGUAAAUCGUUCUCAGAAAAAUAUCACUUAACUAAACAUAAAUACACUCAUACAGGAGAGAAACCAUAUGAUUGUAACAUCUGUGGUAAAUCUUUCUCUCAGGCAAGUCAUUUAACUGUCCAUAGUCGUACUCAUACAGGUGAGAAACCAUAUCACUGUGAGACGUGUGAUAAAUCAUUUUCUCAAACAGCUCAUUUAAUAAUUCAUAGACGUAUUCAUACAGGAGAUAGACCCUAUAAGUGUGAUAUUUGUGGUAAAUCUUUCUCCCAAAAUAGUGAUUUAACUAAGCACAACCGCAUUCAUACAGGAGAAAAGCCAUAUCAGUGUAAUAUAUGUGGUACAUCAUUCUCUUUAAGUACUGCUUUAAGUAGUCACAAAUACAUUCAUACAGGUAAAAAACCAUAUCACUGUGACAUCUGUGGCAAAUCAUUUUCUCAUAGUUGUGCUUUAACUAAACACAAACGUAUUUGUUCUAAUGAAAAAGUUUAUAACAGUGAUAUCUGUAAUAACUCAUCUACUCAAAAACAGUGAGUGACAAACGGACAGAUACAUCAGCACUCUAAAGUUGCCAGCAACAUGACAGCCUCUCUAGUGCUGGUGCCAAAGUAAAAGACAUCCAAUAUACUGUGAAAUUGAUGGUGAUAUGUAGGGCAGCCAGCCACAAAAACCAUUUUCCCUAAAGCAAACCAUACAUAAGACUUGUUUAAGACAUGAAGUAGAGCUUUUUUCCUUUUUGUUUUCACUUUGAUAGUAACAAACAUUCACACAAGUGUUGAAUCAAUUUAAUUACGAUAUCUGUGGUAAAUUAUUCUCUCAUGGAAAUACCUUAACUACUCACAGGUAUGAUUGUACAGGCAAGAAACCAUUUCACUCCAAUAUCAGUGGCAAGUCAUUCUCGUAUGGAUAGAAAUAACUUAACUCAUCUGAAACAUUUUUACAAAAUAAAAACCAUGAUGCUUUUAUAUUGUUGUUUGUUCCUUCUUGAGCCAUGCCUGGUUUCAUUGGCGUAUAGUAUCCCCACCUAGAUAGGACGCCAGUCUGUCUCAGGUGAGCUGCUAGAUGCAGGAGGAAAGAGUGAGAGAAAGUUGUGGUGAAAGAGUCUGCAGAAGUUUGCCCCUACCUUCUGCUUAGGUGUUUUGCUCAUAACCAUACACAUCACCUGCUCUGAGAUUCGAACCUGCAAUGUCUUGAUCAUGAGUUCGCUGCUCUAACCAUUAGGCCAUGUGCCUCCAUGCUCUUAUAUUAGUGGUAAAUAUUUCUCAUAGGAAAAGUUUUUACUAAUUGUAAAUGUAUUCACCCAGGAGGAAAGUCAUGUUCUUUUUAUAUAUAUGGCGUUAGGAAGGGCACCCAGCUGUAGAAACUCUGCCAAAUCAAAUUGAAGCCUGGUGUAGCCAUCUGUUUUCACCAGUCCUCAGUCAAAUCGUCCAACCCAUGCUAGCAUGGAAAGCGGACGUUAAACGAUGAUGAUGAUGAUGAUGAUUAAAUCUAGAAAAUAAAAGAUCAUAAACAUUGAGACAAACUAAAACGUAAAUAUUUAUGAAAUAUUGUGUCAAAAAGAAAAAUCGGAAAUGAGCAGCGAAAAACAUUUCAUUCACGAAAGAGAAGCUAGGUUUGCUCAGUGGUUUAUCGUCAGAAUUUGCGUCUAUUAAUACUGCCAUGUCUUAUUCAUAUUUUAGAGAUUAAAAUAAUUUGUUGAAAAUGUUUCGUACCUCUUGAAAUAUUCAACGUCCCCUUGUGACCUUAUGACAUAUCCAAGGGGACGUUACCAUUGAGUUUGGUAUAUUUAAGACCGAAAGUGCGGUUGGCGACAUUAAGCCAGCUUCACUCACGAUUUUAUUGUUGAGCUUUUUAGGAACUCAGGUCGCUGAGGAUCGAAACUUUGGUCAAUCUCAUUGCAGCAUUUGAGAUAUUUACUGUGGUAGUUUGGUGAAAACGCAUAACACAUUGAUUCAUUGUUUACAUCUGCUAAAGGCUAUCUGAGACAUUGACAUUAUUUAUAAUCCUUAAAAAAUUAAAGAAAAAGGUUACACAGAAAACUGAGUAACAUUUCUCUCUAUCAUUGCCUGGAAUAUAUACAAGAUGAUACUGAGUUACACUUAAAUUUGCUAAGAUUAAAGAAAGACAUCGCAGUCCUUUUCUGAUGAUAACAGAGAUAAAAGUUGGUGGAAAUAUUGCAGUUCAUGGAAAGGCUUUGAUCAACCCAGGAAGGAAGAUAAAGAUUUUAAAAGAUAUACAUAUAUUGUUGUGGGGAAUAAAAGAAUUAUAGAAGUAUGGAUUUGCCUCAAGAAUUUCCAAAAGAGACAGGAGACUCCUCCUACCACUGUGAUAUCUGU